CGCAACCCUGCCUCCAGUUUCACGGAUUCCGUUACUUACCCGGGCCCGCCAUCUAUCUCUCACUAUAUAUCACUCUCUCACACAAACUGCGUGUGUGUCUGUGUACACGAGAACUAAGCUGCAGAGAGAGACAUAGAACUAAUUGAGAAUGGCGGUUAAUCUUUCACGCAGCUCCACGCUGCUCCGCACAAUGAAUUCUGCUCCGUCGGUGGCGGUUCCGCGUCUUUCUCCGAUUGUAAUUCGCGGUGGUCGGAAAGCAGUUCAGCUCUGUUCCGGCAAAUUGAGCGGUUCACUGAAAUCUGGCCUUCGCUGUCGCGCAAUGGUCGGAGAAGCUGCGGAGGAAAUCAAGGAAGAUGAUAGCGUUUCGCUUGAUGAUUCCGCGGCUGCUUCUUCGAAGAACCAGCAGGUUCAGGAGCGAGACUAUACUGGCACGCCUUACGUUCCAGUCUUCGUGAUGCUACCUUUGGGACUCAUCAAUAUGGAUUGUGAGUUGGUUGAUGCUGAUGACUUGAUAAACCAACUGAGAAUCCUUAAAUCGAUUAAUGUUGAUGGUGUUAUGGUUGAUUGCUGGUGGGGCAUAGUUGAAGCACAUACCCCUCAGCAAUAUAACUGGUCCGGCUAUAGGAAGCUGUUUCAGAUUGUACGAGAUCUUGAUCUCAAGCUGCAAGUGGUUAUGUCUUUUCAUGAAUGUGGAGGCAACGUUGGUGAUGAUGUGCAUAUUCCGCUUCCACAAUGGGUCAUGGAAAUCGGUAGUUCAAAUCCUGAUAUUUUCUUCACGGAUAAAGAGGGAAGACGCAACCAUGAAUGCCUCACUUGGGGAAUUGACAAACAACGGGUUUUGAAAGGUAGAAAUGCUCUUGAGGUGUAUUUUGAUUAUAUGAGAAGCUUCCGAGUAGAGUUCAACGAAUUCUUUGAAGAUGGAUUUAUCUCUGAAAUUGAAAUUGGACUUGGAGCAUGCGGGGAGCUGCGGUAUCCAUCUUAUCCGGCAAAUCAUGGCUGGGAAUAUCCUGGUAUUGGUGAAUUUCAGUGCUAUGAUAAAUACUUGAUAGAGAGUUUAGAAAAGGCAGCAGAGGCGAGGGGUCACUCGAUUUGGGGUAGAGCACCUGAUAGUGCAGGUUCCUAUAACUCCAAACCACAAGAUACGCGAUUCUUUUGUGAUGGAGGUGAUUACGAUGGUCACUAUGGUCGAUUCUUUCUAAAAUGGUAUUCCGGCAUCUUGGUUGACCACGCUGACCGAGUAUUGGCCAUGGCAAAUAUUGCCUUUGAAGAGACGCCUAUUGCUGUGAAGCUCUCAGGAAUCCAUUGGUGGUACAAAACUGCCAGUCAUGCCGCAGAACUAACUGCGGGCUUCUACAAUCCUGCCAAUCGCGAUGGUUAUGCUACUAUAGCAUCAGUGUUGAAAAAGCACGAGGCUACUCUCAAUUUUACAUGCGUUGAGCUACGAACAAUGGAUCAACACGAGGACUUCCCAGAGGCAUUAGCAGAUCCUGAAGGACUGGUGUGGCAGGUGCUAAACGCUGCUUGGGACGUCGGCAUACCAGUGGCAAGUGAAAACGCUCUUCCAUGCUACGACAAAGAAGGCUACGAUAAAAUACUGGAGAUUGCAAAACCUAUCAGCGAUCCAGAUGGAAGACAUUUAUCCGCGUUUACCUACCUUAGGCUAACGCCACCGUUGCUGGAGGAACAAAAUUUCACAGAGUUCGAUAGAUUUGUUAAACGAUUGCACGGGGAGUUUGUAUCAAACGUCCAACCUUAUCACGAAGAGGAGAAGGAAGAGGAGACGGGGGAGACUGUACCUCUGGAUUAGUAAGUCAUUCGAUCCAAAUUCUAAAUAAAUGGAGAUGAUCAUAUCAAAACGCUAGAGCAGAAAAGUAAGCAAUAUGGUUGUAGCUGAUAUUACUAACUGUUUUUAGUAGAGUAAAUUAACAGGUACAAUAUCA